CAAAAAGCAGCAAUACGAUAAGAUAAUUAGGGGAAGGUCUCUUUUGGAUACGAUAGAUCCCCCAUUGCACAAACCCUAGUGCUCUCAAGAUUUCCAUCGGUUACAUACGAUCUUCGAUUUCUGAACCCUCGAGAUCCGUCUUCUCAAAAUCUCAUCUGAGGAUCUUUCGGUGCUUGGAGCUUCAAGAUUUGCUUAUUUGAAGCCACUCUUUCGAUUGAUCGGUUGUCUCUGCAGUUUCGUGAAGAUUUUAAUUGGAGACAUCUUUAGCUGAGCUUUGCCCCUGCCAUCUACGCUGUUCGAUCUAACACGGACGUUCUCCCCAAUCUGGAUCCGGAGCUUGUCGGAAAAUUCUCCCUUGAUCUGUUGCUUGCUGCUGUCUUGACGCGCGUGAGAGGAAAGUCGAAUCGGACAAGUACAGAAACCAUAUGAGUUUUUUCUUGUAGUUACUUUUUUUUUUUGUUGGCCUCCUCCUAUAUAAUUUUUUUUAUUUGCGGGAAGGGCCUAGAUUCUUAAGAGUCUUUGUGAGUUUGUUUCUUUCAUAAUGGUUUAAUUAAGUUAGUAAUAAUAAUAUCAUAUAUAUGUAUUUUUUUAUUCCAUUAUUCAGAUAAAUCGAAUGGCAAUUUAUUACAAGUUUAAGAGUGCCAAGGCUUAUGAUACCAUCUCCAUGGAUGGUCCUUUUAUAUCAGUUGGUUUUCUCAAAGAGAAAAUUUACGAAACUAAGCAUUUGGGCAGUGGUAAAGACCUUGACAUUGUCAUCUCUAAUGCCCAAACUAACGAAGAAUAUCUGGAUGAAGCAAUGUUAAUCCCAAAGAAUACAUCUGUCCUAAUUCGCCGGGUCCCUGGACGCCCUCGCAUCAGAGUUAUCAACCAACAAGAGCCGAGAGUGGAGGAGAAAGUGGAAAAUGUUCAGACUGAAGUGAACAAUCAUAUUGCUACCGUUGCAUCUGCUGUUGAAGAUGAGUUUGACGAGUUUGGGAAUGAUUUUUAUUCAGUUCCUGCUGCCACAGCUGUUAAUUAUAGUAACCCAUGUCCUGAUCCUCCACCAGCCGAUGAGAAAGUAGAUGAAGAAACGAAACUCAAGGCGUUGAUAGACACUCCAGCAUUAGACUGGCAGCAACAAGGUGCAGAUGGUUAUGGCCCGGGCAGAGGUUACGGGAGGGGUAUGUCUGGAAGGACGGGUGGACGCGGUUUUGGUAAUGGAAUGGAAAGGAAAACGCCGCCACCAGGAUAUAUAUGCCAUCGUUGCAAUGUUCCUGGACAUUUUAUUCAGCACUGCCCUACAAAUGGCGAUUCUACAUAUGAUGUUAAGAGAGUUAAACCACCUACUGGUAUUCCCAAGUCUAUGCUAGUGGCGACCCCAGACGGCUCUUAUUCCUUGCCAAGUGGCGCUGUUGCAGUUUUGAAACCAAAUGAGGAUGCGUUUGAGAAGGAAAUGGAGGGGUUGCGGUCAGUAACACGUUCUGUCGGGGAGCUUCCUCCUGAACUAAAAUGCCCCUUGUGCAAAGAAGUGAUGAGAGAUGCUGCCCUGACGAGUAAAUGCUGCUACCAGAGCUUCUGUGACAAGUGUAUCAGGGAUCACAUAAUUGCAAAGUCAAUGUGUGUUUGUGGAGCCACCAAUGUACUAGCUGAUGAUCUUCUACCAAACAAGACCCUCAGGGAUGCUAUAAACCGUAUCAUGGAGUCUGGUAACAGUAGUGCUGAGAACGCUGGCAGCAUGUGCCAAGUCCAAGAUAUGGAGUCUGCACGUUGCCCACCUCCAAAGGUUCCGUCUCCUACUACUUCUGCUGCAUCUAAAGGGGAAAAGAGACCAGCUCCUAGUAACAACAUUGAGACUUCAACUCCAAAGCCUUCAGUAGAAGUAGCGGAGAUCACAAGUGCUCCUAAGGUGUCUGAAGAAAUAGUUAAAGUGGAUAAACCAGUUGAUGCAUCCGAAAGCUUGAAUGGCAAGGAAGCAGUAGUUUCACAGGUGAAUACGCAAGCUCCCAAGGAAGAAACACAGCAGCAGGCUGUUCCCGGGGAUCAAGGAAAAAAGAAGAAAAAGAAACCUCGGAUGCCUGGACCUGACAUGCAAUGGAACCCCAUGCAGCAUCAAGCAGGCCCCGACUAUAUGAUGCCGCCACCGAUGGGUCCAGGUCCAAGUAAUCAUUUCUUCAACGGUGUGCAACCGGGCUUCAACGGCUUUCAACCAGGGUUCAAUGGCUUUCAUCCUGGUUUCAAUGGAUUUACAGGGCCUUAUCCGGGCGGGAUGCCACCUUUUGUUGGUUAUGGACUAGGCCCCAUGGACAUGUAUGGCGGUAUGUUGCAUCAAGAUCCUUUUGCUGCAGCACAGGGCUUUGGGUUCCCUAACAUACCACCACCUCACAGGGACCUUGCGGAGAUGGGGAACCGUAUGAAUGUCCAACGUCCUAUGAUGCCGGGGAGAGAGGAAUUCGAAGCUAGGAAAGCUGAGAUGAAACGAAAGCGUGAAAACGAGAGACGGGCAGAAGGAGGGAAUGUCUUGAGGGAAGGUGAGAAGAGCAGAAUGAUGAAUAACAACUCGGCAGACUCUUCCUCACCCAUGAAGCCAAAAUCUGGACAUGGACCUCCGCCUCCGACCCCUAAUUACGACCGUCGUCGGCGAUCGGAGGGAUUAUCAUCAGAGCGUCAGUCAUCUCGGCCAAGGGUCAACUCGCCCUCCCGAGUACCUAGCAAGAAAUCUGAGCAUGAUCAUCACCGCAGCCGCCGGGAUGAUGAUCGAAGUCGCGAACGCCACCGGGACGAUGACCAAAGCCGGGAACGCCACCGGGAUGAUGAUAAAAGCCGAGAGCGUCACAGGGAAUCUGAUCGUAAGCACCGUAAGAGAUCGGACAUGCCAUCAUCGGAGCCAACUUCAGAGUUCGUUGAUAACCACAAGUCCGGCGUAUUCUCUAGGAUAAGCUUUCCAGAGGGGGCAUCUUCAGGCAAACAACGUAAAACGUCGAAGUCUUCUCCCGCGCCGCCAGAGACCUCGACGGCUGCCGCCGUUUCAUCGACUCGUCGUCAUAGUGGGAGGGAAAGAGAGUCGGCAGAAUACGAAUCCAGUGAUGAUGAAGACAGGCAUUUCAAGAGGAAGCCGUCAAGGUACUACGAGCGGUCUCCAUCGGUGGCAGAUUCCGAUGUAGGUGACGAGCAUUUCCGUCGUUCGAAGCGAUCAAAAGGAGAAAGGUGGCGCGCUUGAUUCAUUCAGAAUUGAAACUCCUUUCAUAGAGAGUCAUGUGCAUGGUACAAUGAAAGAGGAUGCCUUGUGACACUGAGGUCGCAGAUAUGUUUAAUCUGCUAUGUUGUGAGAAUUAAAGAAAUAAGUCAUUGUAAUCGACUUUUUUUUUCUUCUGUAAAUAUAAAUGGAUUUUUGUUUCUCACUCAAUGAUGAUGCUCUUCAUUAUGACUUUUUAUCUUCUAAAAA